AUGCCUGCCUCGAACAUGACUCUAGAUGAACUGCCGUACUUUGCGCAGGGUGCCGUGCUCCCCGAACCUUUGCCAACACUCGGGAUCCAUUUCAUCGUCAAGUAUGGGACAGGCGUCGACUUGAUGGAAGGACAGAAUAUGCUGUUCGUGCGCCAGGCGACGACCGUACCGGUGCCACAGGUGUAUGCGAUGUUCCGCGAGACCGAAAGUGGCGAGAACUAUAUUGUGAUGGAGCGAAUCCAGGGUAGAAGCCUUGACCAUGAGUGGAGCUUGUUGUGUCAGCGCGAGAAGCACGCGGUUGCGUCCAAGAUCAAGAGAGGUUUUGAGGAAUUGCGGAAGUUGCCUUCUCCUGGAGGAUUUUGCAGUCUUGGGACUAGACCUCUGUCGGAUGACAUCUUCGGGACGGAUAGUGAAUCUGCGUCACUGGCAGGACCAUUCGCUACCGAGUCUGCGCUCAACGAAGCAAUCCUUAGGACGCUGUUGCGUGCGCAGAUAUCGAUCCACAAGAUUAAUUUUUAUAGACGCGCUUUCAGUAACGUUUUCUGCAAGCAUCCUCCUACGUACACUCAUGGGAAUUUUCAGAGGAGCAAGGUUGUGAUUCAAAGACCCUGGAACACAUCCAAUUGUGAUGCAUCCAAAAAGAACGAUUAGUCGAGGGAGAGCUUUUCUUUCAACAAUAGGGGCCGACUCCACGAAUUCACCGAAAAGAACAAAAAACUUUGUUCACGAGGCGCUCGCCUUCGAAGGACUUCAGAGAACAGGAGGCGUACCGGUGGUUGCGCAAAUGUCCUCGCUUCUCAUUCAUAUUGACUGCUAAGUUUGCAACUGCUGUGUCCUGCAACAGAGUAUCCCAUGUUGUAAUCCAAUGAGCGCCACGGUGUGUUCACGUGUGUCACCUGCACUGGUCUUCCUGGAGACACGUUUUGUCUUGCAACAAAUCAAUGACUGCAAGAGAGAAGAGUGUCAUAGAAAGCUGUGCAUUGUUACAACAGAUCUUGUUGCCGUCAUUUUGCAAUACAGUAUCGUGAAUGAGAUCUGCGAUGAUAGUUCCGCCAACUAAGUUUCCAAAACCAUCCCUGCCGGCAGAAGCCUUGAAGGGCAUCCCAUCGCAUCGACCCCAUAACUCAAAAAAA